CUAAAGCAAGAAGACUUCACACCCUCCCAGAUUUUUUUUUUUUUUUUUUUUUUUUUGGGGGAAAAAGCAGCAGCCUGUGCUCAGUCCCUCCUUUCCACGCAGAACAAACGUUAUAUUCAUCUGCUCCAGCUUGCAGUUGCUGAAACUCCCCGCAGGAACUCCUUGGCUACUUUACACCACCGUUUGAGCUGCUGGAACACAAUGCCAUUCAUGUCACGGUGGGAAAACAGGAGGAGAGCCUGCUCCUUUAACCCAACAAUGUGGACAACAUGCAGUCUUUUUUGCGCAUGGAGUCUCCUGUUCUUGACAGAUGUCUGUGCGCAGUCUCAGCAGAGACCAACCUUCACAUGCGGUGGAAACAUUACAGGAGAGUCUGGAGUCAUUGGGAGCCAGGGGUACCCAGGAGUUUACCCUCCAAACACCAAAUGUGUGUGGAGAAUCACAGUCCCUGAGGGAAAGGUGGUGGUCCUGUCAUUCCGCUAUAUUGACCUGGAGAGCGACAACCUGUGCCGCUACGACUAUGUGGAUGUUUACAGUGGCCAUGUUAGUGGGCAGAGGCUGGGUCGCUUCUGUGGGACGUUCAAGCCAGGAGCCCUGGUUUCCACGGGCAACAAGAUGCUCCUGCAGAUGGUAUCUGAUGCCAACACAGCUGGGAGUGGCUUCCUGACUGUUUUCUCUGCUGCGCACCCACAUGAAAGAGGGGACCAGUACUGUGGAGGCAGAUUGGACAAGCCCUCUGGGUCUUUCAAAACACCGAACUGGCCCGAGAAGGACUACCCGGCUGGGGUCACCUGCUCCUGGCACAUAGUGGCACCAAAGAACCAGAUUAUUGAAAUCAAGUUUGAGAAGUUUGAUGUGGAAAGAGACAACUACUGCCGUUACGACCACGUCUCCAUUUUCAAUGGGGCGGAAAUCAACGACGCCAAGAGGAUCGGCAAAUACUGCGGAGACAGCCCCCCAGAUCCUGUGUUCUCAGAUGGGAACCAGCUCCUCAUCCAGUUCCUGUCAGAUCUCAGUCUAACCGCAGACGGCUUCAUUGGACACUACAAGUUCAGACCAAAGAAGUUCCUCACCACCACGAUGCCACCCACCACUACCACACAGCCGGUCACCACCAGGCCCAUACCUCUGAAGUACUCCGUCGCCCUGUGCCAGCAGAAAUGCAAAAGACGAGGAACACUUGAGGGCAAUUACUGCUCCAGCAAUUUUGUGAUAACCGGGACUGUCAUUACUGCGACGACGAGAGGAGGAAGUAUGUACGCCACUAUCUCCAUCAUCAACGUGUAUAAAGAAGGCAAUCUGGUCAUCCAGCAGGCAGGAAAGACCAUGAGCACCAAGAUCAUUAUCCUGUGCAAGAAGUGUCCAUUUAUCAGGAGAGGCUUGAACUACGUCUUCAUGGGCCAGGUGGACGAGGACGGUCGGGGUAAGAUCGCCCCGCACCACUUCGUUAUGGCGUUUAAGACGAAGAACCAGAAAGCACUCAACGUGCUGAAAAACAAGCGGUGCUGAGUUCCUGUAGCGCCGAGGAUCUCCACUGGACGGGUAUGCCUGAGGCUCAGCUGAGGAUGGAAACAAUUAAGCAAAAAAAAUGAUUUCAACAACACAAACACAG